AUGCCAAGCCUCAGCUUGAAGCUGCACAGCUUGUUCUUCAAGUAUCAUCUGAGACACCAAUUGCAAAGCCUAAAGCAAAUCCAACCCGACCCGAAUUUCGGGAUCACUUCCCGACCCGAAGAGCCCGCCGUUCCCGCCAACCCGACUUUCCAAGACGGCGUAGCCACCAAAGACAUCCACGCCGACCCCCUCUCUUCUCUCUCCCUCCGCAUCUUCUUACCCGACACUGUCCUCCCAGUCCCCCUCAAAACCGCAAAGCCUCCGAAACGUGGCGCCGCCCAAUCGCCUCUCUCCUCUGACAACUCUGAUGGGGCCGUGUACAGGGGAUACUCUCCCGAUCAGCUGAUGGGGAAGCGCCACCGGAAGCUUCCGAUAUUUUUGCAGUUCCACGGAGGUGGGUUUGUGAGCGGGAGCAACGACACGUCGUCGAACGACGCGUUCUGCAGGAGGAUGGCGAAGCUGUGCGACGUGAUCGUGGUGGCAGUCGGGUACAGGCUGGCUCCGGAGAGCCCGUACCCGGCUGCGUUUGAUGACGGGGUUUUGGUGUUGAAGUGGGUAGCGAAGCAGGCCAACUUGGCUACGCUUCGAAACGCUCGCAGCCGUAUCUUCGAUAGCUUUGGGUCGUCGAUGGUUGAGCCAUGGCUGGCUGCUCAUGGAGACCCAUCUAGGUGUGUACUCCUUGGGGUGAGCUGUGGAGCUAACCUAGCUGACUACGUAGCUCGAAAGGCAGUGGAAGCGGGGAACCUCUUAGACCCUUUGAAAGUGGUGGCACAAGUCCUCAUGUACCCUUUCUUCAUUGGAAGCAUUCCCACCAAGUCUGAGAUUAAGUUGGCAAAUUCCUACUUAUAUGACAAGGAUACAUGUAUGCUGGCUUGGAAGCUAUUUCUAACAGAGGAAGAGUUUGAUUUAGACCAUCCUGCAGGCAACCCCCUCUUGCCUGGGACAGGGCCACCCUUGAAGAGCAUGCCUCCAACCCUAACAGUUGUCGCGGACCAUGAUUGGAUGCGUGACAGGGCCAUUGCUUACUCGGAGGAGUUGAGGAAGGCUAAUGUGGAUGCACCUCUUCUUGAUUACAAAGAUACUGUGCAUGAGUUUGCUACUCUUGAUGUGCUCCUCCAUACACCCCAGGCCAAGGCUUGUGCAGAUGAUAUUACUAUAUGGGUGAAAAAGUAUAUCUCAAUCAGAGGCCAUGAGUUUUCCUAUUGAUUAAUAUGAUUAGUUCAAUGGAGAAGAAAACAAUUAUGAAGCUCGAGGAUUGAAGCACAUUUUAACAGCUUCAGAGGAACAAGAACAAAAGCAUUUUGGUGUACAGCAUCAGCUUCAAAUUCUUUUUUUUUUUUUUUUUGGGUUCAUUUAAUGGCUAGUCAAGAGACAAUUAAAGAUCAAUUAUGUUCCCUGAUAUGUGAUGUUCAUUCAGUUGUGCAUUAUAUGUAAACCUUCGAUCACAUUUUUGUAUAGUCACCCUGCAAAUAUAUUUUGUUU